CAUGAAGCUCGUGAAUGGCCACAUCUGGUACAACCUGCAGGCGUUCCGCGCCCUCAACCAGGCUCUUGGACGUUGUAUUCGUCAUCGUCAGGACUACGGCGCCAUUAUGCUGCUGGAUUCACGACAUCGCUUCAACAAACACACCAAGUCUCUGUCCAAGUGGAUGCGCCCGUAUAUUCAGGAGUUCGAGCACUCGCAGAUGUGUGUCCCAAUGUUCAGCGAUUUCUUCCAACGGAACGAGAUGGAGUUGCCUCAAACGAUGCCAACACCUUCCGUAGACACGGCGGGAUCGGCUACAUCGGAGUGGAAGUCGAAGCGAACACCUUUAGUUCUCGAAUACGAAACAGACAAAAAGGCCAAAAAGGAGAAGAAAAUCACCACUGCACAGGAGAAGCGCAUGACGACACCCUCACUGACGUCGACGCUGGCUACGGUAAAGGACUUUAUGGCCAAACAUAAGCAGGAUACGGAUCCGCAAGAAAGCGUAUUCUCCAUUUUCCGCCAGCAAAAUCCGAAGAAAACUUCAAAGUAAUGUAAAAUGUUCUUGUUCACCA